ACGAUUUUUCUUGGCGUUUUCCAGUGUCACGGGAGGAGUUUACGUACCGGUGACAGUCUGCGUUCAGAAAUGAACGCAAUGACAUAAACGAACCCCAGGAACUAUUCAAGUCAAACCUGCCCAUUUGAGCAAUUCAAGAUGGUUUUAGAAAGUAUUUCAAGGAUAAUAAAAGUCCAGCUUCCAGCCUACCUCAAGAGGCUUCCGCUACCGGAGACCAUCGGUGGAUUUGCAAGGUUAACAGUGUCCGAGUGGCUACGGUUGCUGCCUCUCCUGGGUAUCCUGGCUCUGCUGGGCUAUCUGACCAUUCGCCCAUUCCUCCCUAAGAAGAAGAAGCAGAGAGACAGCCUGAUCAACCUGAAGAUCCAGAAAGAGAACCCCAAAGUGGUCAAUGAGAUAGACAUUGAGGACCUGAACAGUGCGAAUGUGUGUUACUGUCGCUGCUGGCGCUCCAAAACUUUUCCUGUUUGUGACAAGUCACACUUAAAGCACAACGAGCUAACUGGAGACAACGUGGGACCGCUCAUUCUCAAAAAGAAGAUACUAUAAUUGACCACUAAUGGGAGUUUUCCUCUCACCUCCCCAGUCUUUAGUUUUCAUUUUGUUACUACAGUUUGUAGUUCGUUUGUUUUUUUUAAAACAUUUUUUGAUCUUGUUUAUGUUGGUUAACUUCCCUCCAGAGUCUUUUUUUGAAGUGGUCUGACACACAAAAAUACACAUUUUCCUGUCUGAUUGUGUGGAAACUGUAGUUAGGGUCUUUGUGCAGUUAGGAAAGGUUUCUUUUUCUUUUGUUUUUUUUUUUCCUUUUUCAUGGCCAUUGUUCAUUUCUGUUUGUUAAUGGAACAACUUGUUAUAUGACUGUAAAUUCAGUUUUAGUCACGUCUCAGUCAGAAUCAGUUACAAAUCAUUGGGACCACUGUGAGGGGAAAACUUGAAACAUAAUUUCAGUGACGUUAUGAGGACUUUCAGUAAUUUGAACCCAUCGGGAGAAAUGUUUAUUUCUACUUAAAUGGUUGUUUAAAUGAAAUACCUAAUACUAGUCCAACCUGUAAUCAACAUUUUGCACUGUAUGUUUUCAUUUUGGACCAUUAUUUCAUUUUAUUUAACAGCCAGACGUUCUUUUUUUCUUAGCUUUCUUUCUCCUGCCUCAGAUUUUCUGUGUGCCAAAUAUUAACAUAAUGUCAGGAUGUGAAAUAAUCUCAUAUAAGUUAUUCAGAUGUACUUUGUUCAUAGCCUUUAAACAUUUGAGUUUUACAUUUUUUCUAAUUCACCUCUGCUGCCUUCAGACAUUUCAAACCACUGCACCGUUUAAUAAUAUCCAAUUCAAUUCAGUUUUAACCUCACUACCCUACCGAGGUUCGGCAACAUAACUUAUGCAGCUUGAGAUUUUUUGCUGUGUACUGUUCUUUUCUCGCCUUUGUAUUGUCAUAAUGGCUGUAUACUGUAGUUGUUAACUUCCUGCUGGAGCAAUAUUUUAUACAUAAAUGGUUUGUAUUGUCAGAUCUGUAUUGUCAUGAUGAGGUCUAUGAAUGACUGUGUGUUUAAGAGCCUUUGUAACAGUUGGAAUUCACUCGUUCUGCAUUUGAAAUGUAAUAUGUCGGGAUGUCAGGAUGUUUAACUCAACCGUUUUGACAAACACA